AUGGGUAAAUUAAUUUGGAGUCAAUGGGCAAAGUUGAUUGCAUUUACUGCAGGUUUUUUUGAAACAAUAGGUGGAAUAUUUGGUAUAUUUUAUCGAAUUUCUAUGGCUCAGCCUAUAACAACUGCCUUUUCUAUUUUAAAUUAUCAAAAUGUUAAUCCGGCUUUAUAUUUAUUGAUUGCUAGCUUUAUGUACAUAAUGGCAAUCGUGAAAGGUGAAGAACGUGCUUUACGAACUCAAGCGAAACAAAAUGGAAUGAGAAGGAAAAUGGGGGCUUGA